AUGCGUUUCGCCAUAACUUUAUUUGCAAUUUUGGCUACAUGCGCCGCCUUGACCAUUGCAGGGCCACUUCCCUAUAAGCAACAUUCCGAUGGACCUGGAUCUGGCAGUGGAGGUAGUGGUCAUGCCACCAGUUAUGCAGUUGUAACCAAACACGAAGAUGCGGCUGGCGGUCAACAUGGUGGACAGAAAGCAUAUGACGGUGCUAAAAAUGAUCACUAUGGAGGUCAUGGUCAUGGCCAUGUAGAUGGUCAUGGUGAUGACUACAACUCCCAUCCCAGAUACGAAUUCGCCUACGGUGUGGAAGAUUCAAAAACUGGUGAUGUGAAAGAGCAUCAGGAAUCUAGGGAUGGCGAUAACGUUAAGGGAAGCUAUUCUCUCAAGGAAUCAGAUGGAACAACUCGAAUUGUUACCUACACCUCGGACAAGAAGAAUGGCUUUGAGGCCACAGUUCAUAAAAUUGGGCAAGCUAAUGGUGCUGGCGGAAAAGCUGAACAUAAUGGUUACUACGGUCACUGA